UCCUUCCAGAUAUUUACUUCGGCUUUCAAGUACAGUACCUGGAGAAAGCCUCGCCUCUUUUCAGGAAUAGGGGCUUCGCAAGAUGCUACACACCUUCCUGCGACUGCCCAUAAGAUGACACUGGGUCCUUGAUAGGUGCCUAAUAUUGCACCGAACCUAAUACCCAAACAUCCGACCAAGAUGGGUCAAGGCUAUUCUCUUACGACUCUGUCGGCAGGGUCAGCUGGCAUCGAUGUACCGGAGCUGGCAGAUCUAACCUACGAUAAGUCUCUUGGGAAUGCGCGGUUUAUGAAAUGCAUCCGUGCGAGGCAUCGAGAUGGCCUGGCCGUGGCCAAAGUCAUAAUGAAGCCCUUUGCGGACAUGAAAUUGGAUGAAUAUGUUCGUAUUCUUCACAAGGAGCGUCAGAUUUUGGCUGAUAUUCCGAAUGCUAUUGGGUAUCAUCGUAUUGUAGAGACCGGAACGAAUGGGUUCCUUGUCCGUCAAUAUAUCCACAGCUCAUUGUACGACCGGUUAAGCACCCGACCAUUUCUGGAGGAUAUCGAGAAGAAAUGGGUGGCAUUCCAGCUUCUUUGCGCCGUUCGAGACUGCCAUGCGCAGAACCUAUUCCAUGGCGAUAUCAAGACCGAGAAUAUUUUAGUCACCUCAUGGAACUGGCUUUACUUGUCCGAUUUCUCCUCGUCGUUCAAGCCGGCCUACCUCCCUGAGGAUAACCCCGCCGACUUCUCGUUCUACUUCGACACGUCGGGUCGACGGACAUGCUACCUUGCCCCUGAGCGGUUCCUAAGCGCAGAUUCUCCACCUGAAAACAGAGGCGGCGUUAACUGGUCUAUGGAUAUCUUCAGUACCGGUUGUGUCAUUGCAGAACUGUUCCUCGAGACCCCUAUCUUUCAGCUCCAUCAUCUGUUCAAGUACAAAAAAGGGGAGUAUGAUCCCAUACUAGCGCAUGUCAACCGCAUAGCCGACAAAGACAUCCGUGAGUUGGUGACGCAUAUGAUUCAGCUGGAUCCAGAGGCACGGUAUUCCGCUGAAGAAUAUUUGAAUUUCUGGCGCUCCAGAGCUUUUCCGGACUAUUUUUACAACUUUCUCCACCAAUACAUGAAUCUCAUUACGGACCCGGCAAAUGGCAGAGCUCCUGUCACAACCGGCCCAGAGAAUCUUGGGGAGUCGGAUGAACGCAUCGACCGGGUCUAUAAGGAAUUCGACUCGAUAUCAUACGCUCUUGGAUACGAAUUGCCGUCCGCCCAGAGUGGGCAGUCGUCCUCCACGUACAAAUCGAACCUCCCUGGUCUCCAGUUUCCAUUACAUUUGGAUAUUCCGAACAACAAGCAUGUCGCGAGAGCAUCCAUCAAACGGGCGGCCGAUGACGGCACCCUGAUCUUUCUUACCCUUGUGGUUGCUUCCGUGCGUAGUACCGCUCGAGCUACAAGCAGAAUACGAGCCUGCGAGUUGAUGAUGGCAUUCGCUGAAAGAGUUACGGACGAAGCGAAACUGGACCGCAUUCUCCCUUACGCAAUGGUUCUACUGAACGACGCCUCUGAUCUUGUCAAAGCAGCCGCGCUUCGAGCCGUCUCGCAGAUAACGGCUCUUGUCAACUCGGUAUCCCCCAUUAACGCAUACGUGUUCCCUGAAUAUGUACUCCCGCGGCUGAAGCCAUUCGUCACCGGUCAACCGUCAAAUCCUAGCCCUUUCAUCCGCGCUACAUACGCGUCUUGCGUGGCCACCUUAGCCUCGACAGCAUCAAAGUUUUUGGACAUGAUGCAGGCUUUGCGGGCGGACGGGAGUCUUCCAGCGGGAGACCCCGAGGCUGAAGCAAAUACCAUCAGCCAAUCCGUCUAUCAAAUGCUUUACGAUGUUGCUCAAGAGGAUCUCACGGCGCAGUUCGAGGCCCAAACAAAGGCCAUUCUCACGGACCGUGACUCCGCCGUCCGACGAUCAUUCCUCGGGUCCAUUGCGACGCUCUGCGUUUUCUUCGGACAGGCCAAGGCGGCCGACGUAGUCCUGAGCCACCUGAAUACAUACGUGAACGACCCUGAUUGGAUGCUGAAAUGCGCCUUCUUCGAGACCGUCGUCGGCGUUGGCAUAUAUGUUGGAAGCGCGAGCCUGGAAGAAUUCGUGCUCCCUUUAAUGAUUCAAGCGCUCACCGAUCCCGAAGAAUUCGUGGUUGAGAGAGUCUUACGAUCGCUCUCGUCAUUGGCACAGGUCGGCCUUUUCCAAAGAGCGAGAACCUGGAAGCUUGUCAGCUUGGUUGCUCGUUUCACAAUGCACCCGAACAUUUGGAUAAGAGAGGCAUCUGCUCAAUUCAUCGAGGCGGCGUCAUCUCAUCUGGCGGUGUCUGAUUGCCACAGCAUCAUAAUCCCGAUUCUCUCUCCUUAUGUCAGGGUGGCGCCGUCAGAGACCACCGAAUUGAAAAUCCUGGACUCAUUAAAGAAACCACUACCGAGACUGGUGCUGGACAUGGGCAUGACAUGGGCGCUAAAGGCUGAGAAAGGCAUUUUCUGGAAGUCUGCGAAGGAUCGAAAAACCGGAUCAUUCGGCUAUGUUGACGAAGUGAUUACUCGACUCGCACGCAAAGACAUCGAAAGCAAAGCCCUGAACAAAGUGGCGAAAAACGAGGAGGACGAGCAAUGGGUCUCCCGACUUCGAGGGGGUGGGAUGAGCCCCGAAGAUGAAUUCAAAUUCCUUUGCCUGAGGCAGUACAUCUGGCGAGUUGCGCAUCGAAAGCCCAAGCAUGUGGAAACUGCCUUCUUCCAGCCUUCGGGAAUGGUUGCCCUCAAAGACCACAAUGCUUCCAUGCAAACCGUACUAUUCGACCCAGCCCCGGGGCUUAUCGCGCAAGCAAGCGAGCAGCCUCCAAAGGAGAAUAGAAUUCACAGUCUCGCUGAUGCACUUUUGGACGCUUCCACCACUGGCGACGAUGCACUCGCUCGACGUAAGAGGUCGCACAUAAACAGUGCCAUGGCGAACCUAGCACGGGUUGAUACUGGGGAAUCCAAACCUGGGAUAAAUACGAGCCAUUCAUCCACGAUGGGCAAUGAAGGCGCCGAACCCGGAUUAACGCCGCCUCGUGGAGUCGCCACGGGCAAAGCACGCGCAGGCGCGCCCAAUACCGAUUCAGGAGCCGACAAUUCGUACCCUUCGUCGGUAUCUAGUACGCGUCUGGAUGAGGCACCUGGCAUGAAAAGGCGAGGUAGUGCAAUGAGCUUGAUCCACAGCAAAGAGGGCGGAUCAAAGGCCCCGGCUGAGAUAGGAACUACCUCCACGAACGCAUUCGGCCGGGUCGAUUCGAUAUCUCGCACUGAAACGAACAAAGCUUCGACCUUCUCGCCGUUAAACGCGGCACGACAGCAACAUCGUGAGCAGCCCAACGAAGUGCGAUUCAAAGCCGCGCAUUCAUACGGUGGUAAUGAUCCAACGGUUCUCAAGCUGCUGGAUUCACUCUACUUAGAGCACUACCCCCUUGAUCGGACUGAAUUUGGCCCUCCUGUCACCCCUCUCCGGCAGCAAACGAUCAAGAGGAGCCGCUUGCAGCCACAGAUCACCCCCUGGCGACCGGAGGGAAUACUCAUUGCUCUUCUGUCCGAGCAUACAGGCGCGAUCAAUAAGAUUGCCAUUGCACCGGAUCACUUGUUCUUUUUGACCGCAUCUGAUGAUGGGUUCGUGAAGGUGUGGGAAACAUCAAGAUUAGAGCGCAAUGUCACCCACCGAUCGAAGCAUACGUUCCGACUCAACCCUGGCGUCCGCGUCACAAGUCUGACGUUUAUUGAGAACACCUACUGCUUUGCUUGCGCCGGUUCGGACGGCAGUGUUACCGUGGUCAAACUCGAGAUUCUCGACCAAACAACCGCACGGUUGGGCAAGCUACGGACUAUGCGGGAGUUCAGCCUUGAUGAUGACCAAUAUGCUAUUUGGUCCGAGCAUUUCAAACAAGACAAUCAGUCUGUUCUCAUCAUGGCUACGAAUAAGUCCCGUGUCAUCGCUCUGGACCUACGGACGAUGGGGAUUCUGUACGAGCUUCAUAACCCGCUCCGCCAUGGCACAAUCACAAGUUUCUGUCUCGACCGGAGACAUCACUGGAUUUUACUGGGAUCCAGUCACGGUGUCUUGGACCUAUGGGAUCUCCGCUUCCGUCUACGCGUGAAGGCGUGGGCAUUCCAGGGCGGUUCGCCGAUCCACCGCAUUACGCAGGUAAACGUCCGCGGGGCCAAGAAGAACCGGAUCCUCAUCGCCGGUGGGACUGGCCAAGGCGAGGUCACAUCGUGGGACAUUGAGAAGCCGCAGUGCAAAGAGAUUUUCCGGAUCAGCAGCGCGAAGGAAAAUUCGAAGGGCUACCAGCUGGUUGACAUCGACGACGACAAGUCGGGGGGCAUGCUAGGACGAUUCGCGACGUCCGUGGAUUCGCGAAACACAACAAUCGGUGACCACGGCGUCCGCGCGUUGGCCGUCGGUGCACAUGUCAAUGAUGAUGGCGAGGCACGGCAAUAUUUCGCGAUAUCGGCAGGACCGGACUGGAAAGUCAGAUUCUGGGAUCCAGCGCGUCCCGAAUACUCCUCGAUUGUCAGCGGACACGAAGUCGAUGCAAUGAAACCAGGCUAUAGUGCAUCGCAGAUGCCGAACGAACUGACAAUCAUCACGGAGCGGUCCCCCGUCUCCCAGCCGAGGGAGGUGAGUGCUUCCCCUUCACCGGGAUCGUCGAAAUCGUCGAAAGCGGGAUCGAGUAAGGACGAUGGAUCCAGGAGGACCUCGGGGAAACUCCCACGAUCCUCGAUGAUCUCUUUGCAGCAGCAACAGCUUUUGAGAAGCCAUUUGGACACGAUUACUGAUGUGGUGCUGGUGGAAUCACCAUUUGGAAUGGUGGUAUCUGGGGAUCGGUCGGGUGCGGUCUAUGUAUUCGCUUGAUCGAGAACCAUUGCAACGAUUGAAAUGAUCCGUAGCAGUUAGCUUUAAUGAACCAUAC